CUGAUACGUCGAAUCUUUUAUACGCCGCCCUUGGACAACGAGGGAAAUACACAAAGCUGUGCCCCUGGCUUGCACUGCCGCUACAUCACUACGGGCAGUCGAGCUCCUGUGAGGGUAAGAAUUCAACAAAUCCGCUGUUCACCAGAGUAUUAGAGAUGUUUACUUAAUAACCUGCUUGAUUAAGUUGCCGGUUGUUGCAGCCUGCUUAUUGGGAUAUGGUGCGAGAUUCAGUCUUAGCAUUGGACAAAACAGUAGCCUAAAUUGCUGCCUAUCCAGCCAAGUUGCUGUUCUGCCAUUGUGAAAAGAGGGUGGGAGCGCAACAUUGGAAAUCCUACUGAUGGAGAAGCAAGCAGUGGACAGUGCCAGGAAGGCCUUCCUCUCAGGCAGGUCGCGACCCCUGCCAUUCAGGCUUCAGCAACUCCGAAGCCUGCAUAGGCUUAUCACAGAGAAGGAGGCAGAGAUAGCAGCAGCUCUCAAACAGGAUAUUCAUCGAAGCCAGUUUGACACUCCACUGUUCGAACUAAUUGGGCUGGAAAAUGACAUCAAGUUGGCAGAGAGCAGUCUGGCAGACUGGGCCGCCCCACGUCCGGCCAAGAAGAACCUCCUCACACUGUCGGACCAGGUGUACACGCAAGCGGAGCCGCUGGGUGUGGUACUCAUAAUUGGAGCCUGGAAUUACCCAUGGGCCCUCACGCUGCAACCUCUCAUUGGAGCCAUCGCUGCCGGAAAUGCAGCUGUGGUGAAGCCCUCUGAGCUGAGCAAGCACUCUGCCAGUCUCCUCAAAGAACUGCUCCCUCAGUAUUUGGACCAGGAGAUGUAUCCCGUGGUGUUGGGAGGCGUCCCUGAGACCCAGGAGCUGCUGGGGCAGCGGUUUGACCACGUCUUCUACACGGGAAACAGCACUGUGGGGAAGCUGGUGAUGGAGGCGGCCGCGCGCCACCUCACCCCCGUCACCCUGGAGCUGGGAGGGAAGAGCCCCUGUUACAUUGACAAAGACUGUGACCUCAGCAUUGCCUGUCGUCGCAUCACUUGGGGAAAGUUUGCUAAUUGUGGUCAGACCUGCAUCGCACCUGACUACAUCCUGUGUGAGCCUGGCAUCCAAGAUCGAGUUGUUGAAGAGAUUCAGCGGACAUUACGGGAGUUCUACGGUGAAGACCCUAAAACCUCACCAGACUAUGGUCGCAUCAUUAACCAGCACCAUUUUGAUCGUGUCAUGGCUCUCCUGGAAGGCAGCUCUGUGACUGUGGGUGGGAAGAAUGAUAGAGAAGAAUGUUACAUUGCCCCCACCAUCUUGCGGGACGUGUCCCCUCAUGCCAGGCUCAUGCAGGAGGAGAUCUUUGGGCCUGUCUUGCCCAUUGUCUCCGUCAGUAGUGUGGAUGAGGCCAUUCGCUUCAUCAACGACCGGGAGAAGCCCUUGGCUCUCUAUGUCUUCUCACAAGAUAAGAAGGUGAUAAAGCGAAUGCUUUCUGAGACGUCCAGUGGUGGAGUGACCGUCAAUGAUGUCAUUAUGCAUUACACAAUCAACUCUCUCCCCUUUGGUGGUGUCGGAAACAGUGGGAUGGGUUGCUACCACGGCAAGCACACCUUUGACCGUCUUAGUCACCACAGGUCCUGUCUCAUCAAAGCACUGGCCAUGGAGGGCAUGAACCAGGUCCGCUACCCGCCGCAGAACACCACUCAGCUGAAGAGGGCCAAGUUCUUCAUGGUAACUCGCCUCUGCAGCUGCGCUCGGUUCACGUGCGUUUGGGCUGUGGUGGCCACCAUGGUGGCGCUAGCCCUGCUAAUUGCACUGCUGGUGGUGCUGCUCAAGGACACUCCAGUGUGAUGACUGCUGCUUCAAAUUCUGUCACACAAUACAAUGGUCACUAAUACUUUUAUAAUAGCAUUGUUUCCAUCAUAAGGGAAAUAACCACUUUGUUUAUUAAUCUAUAUAGUAGCACUUUUUUGCAACUAUACUACUGAUAGCAAGAAAUAGUACCAUUUUACUAAAUAGUAUUUCCUAUUCUAUCUUUCACACUUUAUUACAAUCAUUGAGUAUAGAACAUGCUUUCAAGAUGUAUUUGUUUCUUUCAUGUCUAAAAUUCUUAAACCUAAAAGAGUGGUUCGCAAUUGUAAUCUAGCACACUUUUUGUCUAAAUCAGUGACUUGCUCCUCAAGCUCUAGCAGUAUUUGUGUAGGCCUACACUGUUUAUCCACACUCCUGGCUCUGUCAAAAUGUAAAACAAAGUGCCUUGAAUGAAGCUGUACACUAUUCCAGCCAAUCAACAUGGCUGCUUCAGGAGCACAGCCACAGUCAUUUAAUUGUCUGUCAAGAUCAAAUAUCAACAACCUUGCGGUAGAAUCGUCUAUAGACUAUAACUUAUCUACUUAAUCUUAUCUUGCUACUAAUAUAUAUAUUGCCAUAUCUGUAAUAGAAAAAAACAUCUUUACUUCCUUAUGAUGUAAUUUUCCCCUAUCUGUUUUAUUUUCAUCUGCUGCAAAUCAUCCAGAUUGAAAAGCUCAUUUUGGUCUUCCUUCCUGGAGGGAAAAGGUAUUUGAUCCUGUCUGACACUAGAUGGCAUUAUUUGGCCAUCCAGACUCUGUAUGUGGCAGGUUUAUGCCAAGUAGGAUGUCUCACAUCCUAAACCUGGUGCUAAUCACUGGGACCGAAAACAGGUAUUGAGCCUUUAGAAACUACUGCUAUAUGCUAAGCAGUUUUAACACAAAGUUGCACAGUGAGAAUGUAAUACUGUUUUUAGAAAAAUAUCACAACAUUUUGGUCUUUGGACUUUUUUGUGGGGUGAUGUUAUUCAGUUGAAAUGCAGUGUGUUUAUUAUGAGAUGUAGUUCAGCACCACAGUCAGUAAUACAGCACAAAGGAUGUCAAUAGAUAAAUGCAAAUAAAAUAAAUAAUAAAA